GUUUCUGAGUCGCUUCAUUAUGUUGUAGUCAGCAAGGAAUGUGGCCAUAGAUCAGAUCAAGUCUGGCUUCCCUGAAGUACAUACUGAGACAAUAGAGCAAACAUAUGACAUAUAUAUUCUACCGCCUGGUGAAGAUCCAGAAUCUUGCCAGUCAUAUCUUAGGAUGCGCAACAAAGAACGAAAAUACAAUCUUAUGUUUGAGGUUUCCACCUUACCUUCCAAUAUUUUAAUAAAUUAAUCUCUAAAUUUCUAAGGGCAAUAACUUGCAUGUAACUAUAGAAAUGUGGUUUCCCAAGUAACUGUAUAUGCAUGGUACUUGACUACUGCCUAGUAACUUGCAGAACCAGUUUUUAUACUUAUACUUUACUUAUUGAGUUGUUGCUUUUAAUGUCAGAAAUGGGUGACUGAUGCUCCAUUUGUUAUAUCUCCGAGGAUCACGUUUGAAGUUAGUGUGCGUCUUCUUGGUAGGUUGAUGGCACUGGGUUACACAAUUGCAACCAUCCUUAAAAGGAGUAGUCAUAUAUUCUUCGACGAUAGAGUAUGUGUUAAAAUUGAUUGGCUAGAACAGCUGAAUCGUCAUUAUAUCCAGGUGCAAGGAAGAGAUCGGCUGGUUGUGAGAUGCACUGCUGAGUAGCUCGGUUUGGAAGGUUCAUACAUUCCGCGCACAUAUAUAGAACAAAUCCAACUCGAGAAGCUUGUAGAUGAAGUAAUGGCUUUGCCUAACGAUUUGAAGACAAAGCUAAGCCUGGAUGAGGACUUAGUUUCUAGCCCCAAGGAAGCAAUUAUCCCAUACCAACCAGAUAUCUUAGUUAUGGACCCUUGUUCCUGUAGCAGUGGUAUAUCACAUUCAUAUACAAAUCAAGGAGACAAAAGCUACUCCAGGCUCACUGCAAUCCCUGGCAGCAACCGAUGGUACGAGGACAGAAAUCCAGAGCCUCAAGCAAUGAUAGCAAAUCAGGGAGUGAUUACGCAGCUUUCAGAACAUAUGUCGUCUCUAAAUGACAGAAUGGAUGAUUUUAAGUCCCAACUGGAAGAAUUGAACUCCAAGCUAACCGUGAUAAACAAUAAUAGUAAUAGUUCUCCAAGCCCACAACAGUGCAUAGGUUUGCAAGGCAGUGACGUGAGCAAUGGCUCCGCUCCUACUUCUUACUUCAUGUCUGGGUUAAGUAAUGGUUCCCAAGCCGGAUCCAAACUGUCCCAUUCAUCGUCACUUUCCCAUCUAGCUAAGGAUUCACCACUUCUGGAAGAGAUUGUGCGAGGACAAUGCCAAUUCAUGCACAAGUUAGAUAGUUUCAGCAGUCUCCUGCAUGAGCUGACAGCAGAGAGGUCAAGGCAAGCCAAGAAAAGAAAAGAAAGAAACUCAUUAUGCCUGACAUUGAUGCCAUAGGAGUACCCGUGAUCUUAACCCUAGCAAUUGGUGGUUUGGGGUUGUUACUGUUUAGGAUCUUUCAUACUCAGGGUUAGCAGAGAACACAGGAAUAAAGUUCUCUGCCUUUUCCCUAAUUUUGAUGUCAAUUCGACCUUUUUUGUCAGGGUAACUUGUCCCCUAUUGAAUGCAAUGC